CAGCAGUUCAGGAAGAUGGUGGAACAGCGCAAAUCUUUUAAUUCCAAGUCUCAGCAGCAGAUAAUGAAUCAGUAUAAAGAGAUAAAUGUCUUACAAGAGGAGCAAGAUGAGAUUGCACUGCUUUUGAGUCUUGUGAGAUCACCUAAGAACUUGGAGCUGGAUGAUAAAAAUUACACCGAACUCAAAUUUUUGCUACAAACCAAGGAUGAAUAUGAUGCUUUAAUUAAGGCAAUGAAAUCCCUAUUAACAGAACUGGAUGAGAAGAUAAUGGACAUAGAAAACAAAAUAUUGAGACAAAAACGGAUCUUGGUGAAAAUACAAGAAACUCAAAACCCCCGGAAGUUACAAAAGCAAAUUUCUAUUUUGGAGACCCAUUUGAAUCUGGUGACUGUCCACUUUGACACGAUGCUAACCACCAAUUCCAAACUCCGGCAUGACAUAGAGGAUCUGCGGUUUGAGAAGGCAGCAUAUGACCAUGUCUACCAGCAGCUCCAUCGUCGGCUUGUGAUGCAGAAGAGAACAAUGCAUGUGGCCAUUGAGCAGUCUACGCAAGCUUACAACCAGCGGCUGGAAGCCAUGGCCCGAAUGGCUGCAAUGAGGGAUCGACGGCAAAAAGACAUCUCCCAGUACAACAUGGAGAUCAGGGAGCUGGAACGCAUUUAUGAUCAUGAGACAAAGCUGAAGUCCUUCUUACUCAUCAAACUUAUGGAUCGGGUUGAAUUUGAGGAACAGGCCAAAAAGGAAGAAGUCCUCAAGGCCAGCAAGCCCCACAAGAAGCUCAAGGGAGAGAGCUUCCAGAGCUACGAGGUAGCCCACAUGCGCCUGCUCAAGCUGUCCGAGCAUGGGGACCUGGAAAAACUGGUGACUGACUUCCUGUCGGAGGAGGAGAAGAAUUUUGCUCGGUUCAACUACGUCACAGAGCUAAACAAUGACAUGGAGAUGCUGAACAAGAAAAUCCAGAGUAUCCAGGAUGAAAUCUACCUGUUGAAAUCUCAGCAGCAAGCUUGUGAUGAUGAAGGUCAACAGACUGUGAGGGAAUUGGAGGAAAAACUAAAAAAAACCACGGAAGAUGCCAACCGGAUUGAGAACAACAACAAAGAGAUAAACAAGACUCUUGACCAGCUCAAAUCUUCUGUGGAGUUUCUGUUUAAGAAGAUCAACUGUGAUGCCACCAAGAUUUUGGAACACUUGGGAGAGACAGGGUCCAUUACGGACAUCAAUUUGACACAGUACUUUGCGAUCAUCGAGCAGAAGACGAAUGACCUCCUGUUGUUGGAGUCCUGCAUACGCUUCAUGGAAGCAGAAGGUGACAUGGAAUCCCCUGGGCCUUUGACAAACCCUUUCUGGGGUGGGACAUCGCUCCUGAGGUCAGCAGAACACGCCAAAAUCUUUGCUCCAGCCAUCAGUGCGGAGACCAUAAGUGAGAAGUUGGAGGAAUCUGAUCAACCUCUAGACCACAGUAAUCUCCGUAAUCUGGUGGCAGAAAAUCACAAUUCCAGGGAUAUGUCAGAUAAUAUAUAUGACGACAUCAGAGGCAAGAGGAAGCCAUUGACAGCAUAGGCUGUGUGGUGCGGUGCUGGGCAUGUGUGUACCAUAGCUAUGUAGAAUAAACAUUUUGUUCUGUAAGUCUGCUCAUGCUUUCAUUCACUGUCCCCACCCCCAACCUGAAAACACUUGGAUCAGCAAAGU